AUGGCGGAUGACGAUGAAAUUGACAUUGUUGGAGAUUUUUCAUUUAAUUCUUGCUUCGCCCAAAACAAUCAAGGCAUUCCUUCCUGCUCCGAUAGGGAAGACACGGUACAUCCUCAGUGGCUGCUUGACUCAACAGCAACAAACUGGUAUGACACUCAGAAUAAAUAUAGCAAUCGGUUUAAGGAUGGUCCAUCCAGAAAGCUGUCAGGCGAUAAUGCUAUCAACCAGCAAAUUUCAGAGAUUCAUACUGCAUGGAGUGAAGAAGAAAGAGAUGUACUAAAACAAGAAAUGGAGAAAUAUGGACGUAAUGUAUUUAAAAUUUCACAAACACUAAAGUCAAAAACUGUGGCAGAAAUACAGGCUUUGAUUGAGGCGGAGCAUGGAGUUAAUUUAGAAACGCCAAUGUUUGGCUUAGUUAAAAAUGAAGAAUUUGAAAAUAUACCAGCAGUGGUACAAGAGGAGGUUGUUAUGGAUGAAAUGCCAAAUAUAAAAGAUACUAUAAACUUGGUUACUACAGCACAUGCAACAAUACCAGUUGCAAAGAAGAUCUAUGCCAAGAAAAAAAAUUAUAGUGUCAAAUCAUCUAAGAGCUUAUUAAAGCCUAACAUAUUAGACAAUGAUCUUGUAGCAGUAAACCCUUCGGAAAUAUUAUAUGAGGACGAACUUAUUGUUGGUUCCACCGAGUUGAUUGGUGCUGAAGGGGAUGCUACAGAAGCUGACACAAGGGCUUUGUCUAAACAGCGCACCAUUAAAGUUAAAGGUGGAAAGAAAAUAGGCAACCAUAGACGAAAAGUGUCAAGAAACUAUGAAAAAGGUCAUGUUAGAAAUAAAAGUAAAGAAUUACUUAAAUCACCACUGGGGAGACAAAGAAUUGACUCUGGCAUGUCUGAAGAGAGUGCAAAAAGCCCAAAGAUGCAGAUUGUUUUGGGAUCAGGUAUUGCAUUGCCUCUAUCGGAAGGUGAGCAAGUUAUUAAAAUAGAAAAGAAAAAAGAUUCAGACCCAGAGAGUGACAUAGAAAUAGAUAUUGACAGUGAUAAAGAAGACAAUGGCGACUUAAAACAGAAGGAUGGAUUAUGUACCACCACAUUGAAAAUGGCCAAAGAUGAACCCCCAAUAGCAGUGCCCCUAAGAAAGUUUGAACCUAUGCCAAAGAGAAGAAAGAAGAUUAACCUGGAUGGAGGCGGCGGUUGCACGAUAAUGCACACUGAGGCCGGAGAUCUGUAUGCAAUGGCGGCGGAACCGCGACGCGAGAGAGCUCCAAAGAAGCCUCCCAUUCACCUCAUACGAUGCCGUGUGUACAACGCCGAGAAACCGGCGCCGUGCGAGGUGUCCCUGAACGUGUCCGCGCUGGUGGCGAUGGACGCGCACGCGCACACCUCGCGGGGGGAGGUGAUGGGCCUGGUGGGGGGGGUGCUCUCGCGCCCCUCACCAGGCCCCGCGGCGCCGACGCGGCCGCCGCACUGGCUCGUCGCCGCCUACUGCACGGCGGCGGCGGCGAACGCGCGCACCCACUGCGACAUGGACCCAGUGUCGCAGGCGCGCGCGGCGCAGCGGCUGGCGGCGCGCGGGCUGGCGGUGUGCGGCUGGCACCACUCGCACCCGAGCUUCCCCGGCGCGCCCUCCGCGCUCGACCUGCGCUCGCAGCGCGCGCUGCAGGCGGCGCUCGAGCGCGGCGCGCCCUUCCUCGCGCUGCUCACCUCGCAGCACUGGCCGCGCGGCCGCGACGCCACGCACUACCGAUGCAUCCACGUGGAGGAAGACGAAAGUGCCGCCGACGCGGACACCCCAAUCGGCUACCAGCUCAGCAUGAAGCUGGAGCCGGACCUGAAUGUGGCCAACCUGGACCGGUUCCUGGCGGAGGUGCGCGGCAUCCUGCUGGAGGAGGCGGACAGGAACGAGCUGAGCGUCCACAUGCCCACUGACAUGUGCCCGCAGGCGGGCCUCACUUACUUGGACAAGUUGAUAUCGAGCGUGACGCGUCACAUGCGCUCGGCCGGCUACAGCGACCACGACGCGGUGACUACAAGACUGCUUCAAGGGAUUCGCGACGUAUUCAGA